UGUAAUGAAGCAGCGUGUUCUCCUCCUCUCGCUGCUGCCCACCCCGCACCUGUCCGCGCUGUGCGGCAGCCAUGAGGGCUGCUCUUCCUUUUAUGGUCUGGCUUCCUUUGUGGACACGUUAGUUGGAUGAGGAGAGCAGAGCAUAGCGCGGUGGUCCAUAUUCCCCGCAUCUUCCAGUUGCUCUCCUGCACUUUACGCAGAGUCCGCGGCUCCUCUGGAACACUCAGCUUUCUCUUUCUAAACACCGAGAUGAACAUGAGAUGAUUGAGCUCGUGGGCCGUGCGCACUGAUGCUUCUCAUUUUGCCGUUUCCUCGCGGUUUUUUCCUCUCCUGUCUGCAUCCUUCGCCGACCAAUCUGUGGAAUGGUCUGCGUUUUCUCCCCUGGGUUGUUUCCACUUCAGCAUGGGAACUGCGGUGUCCAAAAGGAAGAAUCUGAGGAGUGAUGCGAUUUCUUCCGUGGCCGCAAAAGUUAGAGCAGCCAGAGCAUUUGGAGAAUACCUGUCCAAUACCAAUCCAGAGAACCGCAACGGAGCAGAUCAUCUACUGUCUGAAACUUUCUCUGGCCAGGACUCUCCAGACGUCAGUCACUUGCAUAACAACAAUCUGCCACCACAGAGCCGUUGUUUAUCCAUAGCUAAACCCGCCCAGUCCAGCCAGUCUAAUCCCAGCACUAACCCACAGUCUCAAUCUCAAGUCAACACUCUCCAGGUUCAAGCAUCACUUGGCCCCUCCAAACGGCGACUCUCUGCCGAACGCAGUCUUUCCAUAGAGGACCCACCUGCUGCCAGGGGUUCACAGGGGCCUGUUGCUGUGAAGCCAGCCAGGGUGUACACAAUCACCAGGGAAGGCGGGAUGACCCUCGGGGGCCGUGGCAGUGAGGAGAGCCUGGAGUUGGAGGUGCUGAAGGGCUCCCGGGAGCAGCCUCUCUCACAGAGCACUUCUGCUGCCAGUCAUGGCCUAUCCUGCACCAGCCAACCAAUCGCCUCAGCUGCCCGUGGCAGCCAUCACCGUAGCAGCCAUCACCGCAGUAACCAACAUCAUGCCCAGCAGCAUCACGGAGGCCCAACGUCAUCAUCGCAGCCGCUGCAGAGCUCAGGUAGCGCUGGCAACAUUCGUGAUUGGGGAAUGAGGAGAGGUGGGUCGCGGGAUGACUACACCCCAGACUGCGUUGCCUGCAUUCGGGCUCCAUGCCAAAGUCAGCGCUCCCUGGACCUAGAUACCUCACCCCGAGAUGGAGGGAAGCAACGCAAAAAACUGGAGAGAAUGUACAGCGAGGACAGAGCAUCUACAGAUGACAGGGAGGACAAUCCUAACAGCUGGUUCCCCAAAGAGAAUAUGUUCAGCUUUCAGACAGCCACCACCACCAUGCAGGCAAUAUCGGCUUUCCGAGGCAUUGCUGAGAGAAAGAGACGGAAAAGAGAGCAGGAGGCAGCCACCAUGAUGGAGAGAAAUUUUCGCAAGCACCUUCGGAUGGUGGGCAGUCGCAGGAUGAAGGCCCAGACCUUCGUCGAUCGUCGAGCCAAGAGCUUCAGCCGCUCGUGGAGUGACCCCACCCCCGUCAAGCCUGAGUCACUGCAUGAAUCCAGAGACAGUGGCGAGCUUCAGACCUCCUCAGGGACGCUGGAUGAAGGGCUGGAUGAGGAUGCCGACUGGGAGGAGGAGAGGGAAAUGGAAAGAGUGGCCUGCGACGGAGAAGACUUUAUCCCUCCCAAAAUCAUGCUGAUAUCUUCCAAGGUCCCAAAGGCUGAAUAUGUUCCCAACAUAAUUCGUAGGGACGACCCCUCCAUCAUCCCCAUCCUUUAUGACCAUGAACAUGCCACAUUUGAUGACAUUCUGGAGGAGAUCGAGAAGAAGCUGACUGCCUACAGGAAAGGCUGUAAAAUCUGGAACAUGCUCAUUUUCUGCCAGGGAGGUCCGGGACAUUUAUACCUGCUGAAGAAUAAAGUGGCAACCUUUGCCAAGGUGGAGAAAGAAGAAGAUAUGAUCCAGUUCUGGCGGCGACUCAGCAGGCUGAUGAGCAAGCUGAACCCAGAGCCCAACCUCAUCCACAUUAUGGGCUGCUAUGUGCUGGGAAGUGCUAAUGGAGAAAAGCUUAUUCAGACUCUGAAGAGGUUGAUGAGACCCACCUCCGUUGAAUUUAAGUCUCCACUAGAGCUGUCAGCACAGGGCAAAGAGAUGAUCGAAAUGUAUUUUGACUUCCGCUUGUUUCGCCUGUGGAAAAGCCGCCAGCACUCCAAGCUACUGGACUACGACGACCUCUUGUGACACCACCCAAUGUUCUGUUGGCUUGUCGGCCAGUUAUUGCGAAUCUGAGCCUACCUUUGUAUGGUGUCAAGGCAUUUGGUUGAAGUGGGGGGGCUCCUCUCCUCUCCAGAGAGGUUCCUAGACCGGCUCUGUGUGCGCAGCUAGAAGCUGGAGCAGCAGUGGAGGCAGCAGCAGUUGGGUCUGUUUUUGUAAGCCCUUCUGAAGCGACGGGGUGUGGCCCUGUAGAUUCAGCCGGCGGUGUGCUUUCUCACCUGCACCUAUUUUCACUUUCUGCCUCUGCCUAACCCUAGAAAAGAGAAAGAAGGGGGACAAGAGUGAGUUGGAGAAGCAAGUGACUCAUCAUCCUAGCCUAAAUGUGUCAGAAACGCCAACUACACUUAGAUUUCUGAGCUCAGAGAGACUAUUAGAUACAAGAGUGACAGUGGAGAAUCUCUGUCUGAGAUUUGAGGAUGUUUUUUUCUUGUCCCACCUUUAGCCAACCUAUCUACUCUUGUUAGGAGGCUUAUAAGUAUGGAUUUAUAAGUUAUUUACAAAGGAAUUAGAGCUUAUAUGUAAAUAAACAAGUGCUUGCUAGAGCAUUAGAGAAUACAUUUUCAGCAUCUCUCGCCAUGCUGUCAUGUGAUAAUCUGGACAUGUGAUUAGUCUUAUUAAGAAUUAGAGUUGUCUAUUUACUGCAGUCUUUUUUUAAACCUUCAUAUAAAUGUAAUAGUGUUUCUUACAGACUGUUGUAAUAACUCAGGUCAAAUUCUUUUGUUUUCUACUAAGAAUUGUACUCACCUGUACAACAUACUGUAGAUCAGAAUCAAAGGCCUUCAUACUCCACACAGAGUCAUCUUCAGUGGAACAUCAGGGAUGAGCGGAGCUUUUCUCCAUUUUCAUCUCGCCUUUUGAGUCAGCUGUAGCCAAACAGACAGAUGCAUCCAUGCAUAUUUUUCAUAACAUUACAGCAUUGUGUUUUAGCCCACUGAGCCACUGCUAGCUGAUUUUUCUUGAGCUAUUGGUUCGUGGGCUCAAAGCCUUUUGCAGUGUUUGUAUUGCACAUGUGCAUUCAAACCCUUCUUGCAUAGCUAGCCUCUAAAGAGGUUUCAGUUGGAGGCUGACAUCAGACUCUUUACAGUGAGUGUAAUAUAGUGCAUAUUUAGUUCAUUCCAACAGUUUUUCACAUUUUUGGAGAACUUUCAUUCUUUAUUUAGCUUGGACAUCCAGUGGAGUGGUAGGGGCGAUGCGAUCCUUUGACUUAUUUUUGUUUCCCCUCACCACCAGCUUGUUGUUUCCAUCUCAACAUACUCUUAAUCUUAAUCAUAUAACAGCAACAAUGUGUCCCAAACGCUGUCUUUGCCAUGCUUAUUUCCAGCAUUACAGUCCACUGUAAAAUGUUUUGCUGUAGCAAGAUUUUAAAGAUGCACAGGUGUGAUUUUGUGUUUUGCUGCCCUACAGUUGGGGCGUUUCAGUCAGACUGACAAAUGGUUCAAGCUGAGGCAGCAGAGGCUGAGAUAGCUUCAUCUUCAUUCUUCUUGUUCCAUUCGCAAGAUCCUACAUUUCCCACAAUGCAACAUGACUGCUUUUUUUCUUGAGCUCCUCUUGGAAUGACAAAUGUCUGAAUUCUAAAUUUAAACUUUGUGUGACACAAAGUUUUGCAGUACUGUUUUUCCUUUUCUUUCUUUCAAAAAAAUGUGUCAUCCAAGCUAAAUGACAUCAUCUGUAGGAAUAUUAAGCUCCACUCAGGGGCUUAGUGUUGUGUAGAUCAACAAAUACAAUAAUGCCAUAUAGCUGAUCAUUGCACACUUAGUUUACAAUAAUAAUAAAAGUUUUGGGGGACUGUGCUGUUUAGAAAUACAUGUACUGGUAUUGAAUAUGAGUAUUGAAUAUGAGUAAAAAUGGACAGGAUGAGUGAUAUUUACAUUGUCUCAUCUCAAACUUGUGCUGAUGUGGUCAUGUCCUCUGUUAUAUAAUAACUUUUUCCUCCCUUCUGCACCCUCAGACCAAAGCACUCUUUCUUAUCCGCAGCGCAAGCUGAGAAAAAGCGCUUUGUUUCUUGUUUCUUCUGUGCAGUUUGCUCGCAGAAUGAAAAUUAGUGUUUGGAUUUGGGAUGAGUUGUGAUAUUUUUAAAGUAAAGCAAGGUGUGUUGUUCAUGAUAUGUUUACUAGUCUCUUAUACUGUGUCCUGUCUGCAUUGUAAACAUAGUUCACUGCUUAUUUUUCCACAAAUUCCAAGCUUUGUUGCAGCUUCUUGGGCCAUCCAUGUCAGCUGACCUGGAAUUAGUUUUCAUGAAGCAGUCUUGAUAGGUAGAAAUUACAAAAGACCUCUGAAAUCUAUUUUAUUUACUACAUUUAACUACCAAACAGCUUAAAAUAUGUCCCUCUUGUUUAACUGUUAUUGCGAGAGUUUUUGUGUUCAUGGGACCGAAAUCUCAAAUUUAGAAUAGUGGGUCAUAAUUAUGAGUGGUAUUGUAUAAGCUGCAGAGAUAAGGUCUCUUACAUGUUUGAUUGAAUGCAAUCUUCUUCUACAUAUACCUGUUACCAUGACAUUUGCUAUGUUUGCUGUGUCUUAAAUCACAUACUUCUAUAUUUAAACUCAUUAAUUUGAGUUCGACAUUGUGUUCAAUAUCAAGUACUGCUCCACAAAGUGCUGCUUGAGUACCUAGAAAUGUGGAACAUUUCUCAAGCUCAAGGGUCACUGUUAGCUAGCAGAUAGACUGCUAGCCAACUGGUAUUUAUUUUUUGUUAAGGGUAGAUUUUUUCUUCUUCAGGCACUGAAACUAGCUUUGUUAAAUUGUUUUGCAUAUUGCAAAUGCCAUUAAUGGUGAGUUCAUGACUGGUCAGCUCUGAUUUGAAACAAGCCUACCUGGUAAAUCCAUUUACUAAACAAGUAGCUAUAUAGUGUACAUAAAGCACUAAAUGAAAAAGUAUUUGAAUUGAGACACACUGUACUUAAACAGACAGGGAUACAAUGCUGCUACAUACUCUUUUUAUUCCACGAAGCAUGUAUCACCCAAUCUCUGUCACAAGCAUUGUGAUAAUUUGGUGUAAUCAAAGGAAAAACGAAGACCUUUCUAGUUCCAUGGCUGCUCCUGGUUUGCACCAUUAAGUCACGCAGCAUAUUGUCUCACAUGGCAUCUGGGUCUUCGAAUUACCUCAAAUGCAGAGAGAACCAGGGAUUUAUUUGUUAGGGAAUAUUUAAUGGUAUUUUCUCUACUGCUACCUUUUUAAUUUUCAUAAAUGUUAUGCUCAGUAGAAAAUAUUGUACAUUUUCAUUGUACAGUUUGUGUUUUCUUUUUUUGUUUGGUGUUGGUGGAUUACGUGUAAGGACUUCAUUAUACUUUCCAUGUGAGUGAGUCUAUUAGGCUCAGGUUGGGUCUAAAUGAUUUUGGUCAUGAGACAGUGAGCCAGUCUAUGCAGAUGUCUGCAUGGCUGGCUCGUUUUUGACUGUGGACACUGGAGAUUUUACAUUACUGGACAACAACCCGAUGGCAGACUUCAAGGGGACGUGAAAGAAUUACGACAGGGAUGACUUCUUGGCCCUCAUGUCUCCUGUACAUGUCUGAAACAUAGUAUAAUCAAUGCUUGGAGCAACCCAUCUAGGGCUGGACUCAGCGGUAGGGUUUGCGUUA